AUGAUUUGUUUUCUUAAUGCAAAAAAAAUUGGCAAAACCAAUCAAGAUGUCAAACCGGUCUAUAUCAAUCGUGAAGUAUAUGGUGCUAACAACAUUCUAUUGGCAGGUAUGCGUCAGUUCGAACGUCCACUGAACAAAAAUGGAUCAAGAUUCACUCUACUAAUGGCAAAAAGAGGUGAAUCAACUACGGCUAUAAGUAUUGUAUAA